GUCAAGUGAGCGCUCAGAGAGCAGGACAGACGACUCAACUCUCUAGCGCGCCGAAUAUCAAAGCAAGAGAAACAAGAACAACCGCAGCCGUAGCAGCAGCAGCAGCAGCGGUGGCAGCGGUGGCAGCGGCGACGGCAGCAGCAACGAAUGCCGACUGCGAGAGCGUGCGGCGUAUAAAAGAGCGCACAAGGCGCUCACGCCAGCCAGUUUGAAGUCAGCUAACGAAGCGUGCGGACGCAAUAGCAGCAGCAGGAGCGAAGCAAAACAAAGUGAAUGAACCAGACACAUUUUUGACGUGUGCGUAAACGCCAACGCCAACAACAAGAAGAAGAAGAACAACAACAACAAAGCAUUUGUGUAGUUAAUUUAUUCAUUGUGUGCCUCGCGCGAAUCUGCAAAGAGAAAGUCUUGAGUCAUCUGCGAAGAAAGACAUUAUUAAUUACAAACAAUUGUGCAAUUGGAAACAAAGAACAAGUUUUCCUUGAUAUCAGCAGCAGCAGCAGCAGCAAAAAACAAGAGCAACAACAACAAAUACAAUGGCCGUGGCCUUCUAUAUACCCGAUCAGGCGGCAAUGCUGCGCAAGGCUCGCGAACAGGAGAAGCAACUGUUGCGCCUACGCCAGUGGCAGAUGGCGACCGUAAUGCUAAACACCAUACGCCAGCUAAUGGACUCCACGGCCGGCCAGUGUCUGCAGCGUGCGGGUCGCAAGUGCGGCAAGUGGCGCAAACCAUCGCAGUGAAAAAAAAAAACGCAUCUUGAGUAAACCACAAACACAACUAUACACCUGCAACUGCAACUGCAACUGCAACUGCAACUAGAACAACAGUCCACAGUCAGUCAAAUAGUACAAAGGAAACACCCAGCGAUCGGUCUAUCUGACAACUAUUCCCGACUCAAAAUUUCUGCAGGACCCCCCACACACCCCCUAAGUUUACUCAUCAAAGCGAUUGUGAUAAUGGUUUUGUUUCUUUCGAUAUAGCAACAACAACAACAACAACAACGAGUUUUCGUUUUAGAUAUAUUUGAUUUAUAUUAUAAUUAAAUCUAAUUAACGAAAAAUGUAUUUAGUUUGUAAGCUUUUGUAAUCGUCCUGCUUAGUCCUUAAGCGAUAAGCAUAUUAAAAGCUACAGAACUCAGUAGAAUAUUUAUAAGGCCUGUCAAAAGUUGUAUCAAUUUUUUGGCAGGCCACAAAACAAAAAACGACAAACAAAAAAAAUAAAACAAA